AUGGCAUAUUGCAAUUUUUACCUUCUUGUGCUGCUACUGCAGUCGCUCCCCGUGUCGGCACAAUAUGUCGUCUCCUCCACCGCCGCCUGGUCCUCCCAGAUCAUUGCCUUCUGGGGGGCGAUCAUCAUAGCAGCGCAUGUCGGCAAGGUCGCCAGUGCGGGAACGGCUCUAUUCUCCAGUGUCCGUAUGGCCCUUCGCAUCCGGUCCAUGACCAACGCGCUGGCCCGCGGCAAUUGGUUUCUACACGCGGGUUGGGUCACCAACAAGGUCCGCACGGAUGUUGCUGUGGUGUGCUGGCGCACCCCCGAGGAUUUGCAGGGUUUGGUCCGCCGGGUGGCUAUGCAGAUAGAGAGCUUCGCCGCCGGCGGUGACUGGCAGGUUCUCGUGGUGGGCUGCCAGCUGAAAGAGCAACCCUCCCGUGAGAGCACGGUACAUUGGAUCAAAUGUCCUCGGAGUGAGAGCCUCUGCGGCGCAAAGGUCAAAGAAACAAACGAGAAUCUGUUUCCGCUGCAGGAAGCAGACCUUGCUUUUGCGCUGGACAUGCUGGAGCAGUCGCCGCCAGCGACGACAGAGGAAAUCGUGCGGGAGUUGGAGGCGAGGAUGGAUGUGCGCGCGUCGCGAUGUACAUAUAUUAAGGAGCAGCAACAAGAACUGCAGGUUACGGAGGCGACACUCUCGUGGGGUUGGAUAUUCACCUCCGUAGACCAUAACCUCACGCCAUUCUUGAAGCUGAGGAAGUGGACGAGUCCCUACGGCAGUGAGCGUGGGGCGCGAAUGGCCUGCGCUACGCGAAUGUAUCUCCUUGUACAUCUUCUUGUUGCCUGUGCUGUUGGACUCAUGGCUGCCGCGACGGGCCGUGGUCUUGCAGUCUGGUUCAUGACGGUGCGGCCCACCCUUGCGACAAUGGGAGGCAAGAAUGUCAAUGGGAACGAUAUCUUGCAAUCGCUGCUGUGCAUGGACGAGGCUGUUUUUCAGUACGAGACGGCAGACGGGUCGCCUUUGUUGGCGGGCGACGUUCUAGCUUCUUCCCUCCCGUGGUGGGCUACUACAUUAGCCUUUGCCAUGCCUGCUCUGGAAAUGGCCCUUAUCAUCGCAGGAUGGCUGUACGGUGGGCUGAAUGCGAAGAGACUGGCUCCCUCGGGGGUUGUUGGUCACGGAAUGCUCUGGCUGUCCGUCAUCGUGGGGCUUUCGCUGUGUAUCCGUGCCCUCUUCACGCUGCGCAAUCAGGGGAAAGGCCGUCUAGUAGGGAUUUGGCAUAAGCACGAGUUUGCGCAGUACACAAUUGGCGCUGAGUCGCUGGAGAUCUCCGCUUCCGAUCUCGCCCGUAUGGCAGGUGAGCCGUCUCCGAUCGGUUUGCUAGUCCGUCUCCUUCGCGAGAACAACCCGGAUAAUAUUCCCGUCAUUGAAAGUUUCCUCCGCUUACCUAUUUUGGCGGUGCUGGUGGAGUACCUUCUGGCCACGCGAGUCCUGCAAUACCAAUACCAGGGCGAUGAGAUUGUGGCGAGAGGAAGCAGAGCUAUCUCCCCAAAGUCCGAGUCCCCAUGGCGUCAAUCCUACUGCUGUGUGGCUGUGACUAUGGCUUGCGCAUGUUUGUCCGCUGUUUACGCAUACUACCCACUGCCAAAAUGGGUGAAGCUGGUCACGGAGAUGCUUCUUGCAUUGAGUGCAGUCUGGUUCAACUCAAUUGAUCUGGUGGGUAGUUUCAUGCAUGAGAAGGAGACUUCUGUCUGCUUUAUGGUAGCGACUCUGGUUGUGUCGUCCGUUUGGUAUGUGGGAUUGGAUAAUGUAGGUUGA